CCGACGUCCAUCCAGGAUCCACGGAGGGAUUGGAAAGCCUUCCAUUGUUCCCCCGGCUCGACGAUAAUGCCCUCUGGCGCCCGCUAGACACCUGAAUCCGACAUUGAUCACCAUCCCUCCCACUCCUAGCUGUAUCCCCUCCUCUCGACCUAAAAAUCCUGUCAACACACCCGUAAUACACACUAGGCAAUCCAGCAAUCGCCCUUUCACUAUCUUCACCCCGACCUACAAGACUACCAUUCAGGACAUAUAUAGCGGAGGAUGGAAGUAUCAAUGGACACGAGCCCGGGUCUCUCGCCCAUCCCACAACAAUCGUUUCCCACAUCCCCGGCCGGAUCGAGAAAACGGUCAAUCCAGGACCUGGACGACUCGACAACAUCGGAAUUCAAAAAACCAUCGAUCCCCUCACAUCCAGAAAACCAAGAAAAUAACGCUCCCGUCUCGAAUAUCGAACCUACCUCUGACACUCCCACACAAUCUACACCCCCGAAACCCUUGACCGAGACAAACGAUGGUAAACCCGCUGAGGUGGCCGUUGAGAUACGGGUCCCGAACCAGGAAAGUGGGUCGAAGCAAGAGUCGAACCCUACGGCUGCGGGCUCUGCUGAGUCGGCCCUGACCGCUAUUCCCAACCCGAAUACAACUAUGGACAAUAACUCGAGCUCAACGGGUCAGCCGCCCGGGUCGAGUACCCCCGCUGCGAAGAAGAGAAAGCUCUCGCCUGCGAGCAAGGAGGCGAAACAACAGGAAAAGGAAGCAAAGCAACAAGAGAAAGAGGCGAAGGAGCGCCAGAAGCAGGAGGACAAGGUGAAGAAGGAGGAAGAGAAGGCCAAGAAGGAGGAAGAGAAACGGGUCAAAGAAGAGGAAAAGAAGAAACGGGAUGUAGAGCGAGAAGAGGAACGAAAACGGAAGGAAGAGAAGAAGAAGGUGAAAGAAGAGGAGAAGGCAGCGAAGGAGGAAGAAAAGCGUAAGAAAGAUGAGGAGAAAUCGAAAAAGGAGAGAGCGCAAAUGAAGCUGAAUUCCUUCUUCGCCAAACCCAAAAGCCCGGCACAACCAUCAAAUACCAGCUCAUCUGCUUCGCCGAAGAAAGCUUCAGGUGACGGGGCCUCCAAUGAGCCUGCUCCAGAGCCCGUGUCAACCGUAUCGGAUUAUCAGCGACAGUUCCCCGAUUUCUUUUUACAAUCGCAUACAACUGUGGCACCCCCGCAUCGAUUCGAGCGCGAUGCAGAAGCACUUCGCCAUAUGCGGGAGAAGGUCGAUACUUCUUUGAAAUUGGGCGACAGGACUUCGCAAGAACCCUUGGCAUUCCGACCGAAUGAAAUCUUUCACAUGAUGCCAUACAGGCGACGGCAUGGUAGACAAUCCGGGUCAAUCAAAGAGAUCCUUCUCAAGAUACAGAGCCUCGGUGACUCUACCGGAUUGGGCGCAAUUGCAGAGGCUAAGCCAGGGAGUCGACCGCAAGAUUUAUUAAAAGGACAUAGGAUGAAAUCGUUCCGGUUUGGGGAGGAUGUUCGGCCUCCUUACCAAGGAACCUACAGCAAACCCGUCCCAGUACCCUCUGCUAAGAAACUUUCACGAAACCCCUUUCACCGCGGGCUACCAGACACGAAUUACGACUACGACUCAGAAGCAGAAUGGGAGGAGCCGGAAGAAGGCGAGGAUCUGGAUUCAGAAGAAGAGGAAGAAGGAAGCGAAGAUGGGGAGGAUGACUUGGACGGCUUCCUGGACGAUGACGAUGACAAUCAGAUCGACGGAAAGCGACGGUUGAUAGUCGGGGAUCUAGAACCGGUUUGCACGGGGAUUCGCUGGCAGGGGAAUAGCGUGGAUCCGGACCUUCAGAUGUACAAGAUGGAGACAAUAGCGGAAGGGGCGACGUUCCCCAUUGACCCAUUUUCGACGGCAUACUGGCAGAAGCCCAAGGCAGCGGAACCAGCACCGGGAGGGGGCGCAGGACGGUCGACACUUCAUGCCUUUAUGACCAACUCGUCAGCGCCGAAUGGAAGCUCGACACCGAUGGCGGAUGGAACAGGGUUGGCACUACUGAGCAAGGCGAGGCGGCCAUUUCCCCCGGAGCAGCUGCCUGAGUUUAAGCAAGUGGUGGAUGGGAGCGACUUGACCAAGACGGGGUUGGUUGAGAUUUUGAAGAAACGAUUCCCCAAAGUGUCUAAAGAAGCGCUCAAAGAUACACUGAACAAUGUGGCUACGCGGGUAGGACAGAAGGAAGUGGAAAAGAAAUGGAUAUGCAAAUAGAAUUGAUAUUACGGGAAUAGUAUAUCUAUCCAGGGGAGUAUGGAGUCAUUUACAGUGGAGUCUGGCGAUAGGAACAGGAACCGGGAUUCUUAUUUUUAUAAAUUUAUUUUUAUUUCCCCAAAUUCAAUUCGAAGAUGAC